UAAAUUAGGUGUCCCCUGUUCGAUGUUCGAUGUUCUGCCAUUAAUUAAUUAGCUCGAAGUUCCGGUCUCGGGGCAAGUUGCUUGCCUCUUUCCAUUUUCGCUAAAUUUGAAAUUGGGUCAGCGUGUGCGAUGCCACAUUCGCUGUUCGUGUUAAUACGGGCUGUAUUUUUUUUUGGUUGCCGCUGCUAACCAGUUUAUUGACCUUGUUUUUGGCUCUCCAAGUGCAAUUGGGGCCUGACUUUUGACAAUAUGUCCGACUUUUCUUUUUUAUGAGGAUUGGGGAACGGCAUCUAUGGACGGACUGUAAAUUAUGACCGGCGCACAUGCAAUGCAUUUUCCAGCUCUUAUUUGUGUGGAUAUGAAUGUUUAUCGCACCCUAGCAACAUAAAUAUUAUAUAUACAAAAAAAAAAUAUACACGCUCAAUCAAAAACACUCCUUUCUUGGGGACAUUUCCCAUUUCCGUUAAUCCAGCAACAAAGGCUGCGUGCGUGUGUAUGUGUGGGUGUGACUGAGUGCGUGAGAUGGGGGUGCCGUUUUCAUAUUGAUUAAAUGAACUGUUAUUUAUUCCAUCGAGCGACACGUUCCAUGUAAAUAACAAACAGCUGUUUUGGACAUUCGAAUAUUAGUGUUGGUAAACACCACGCUUUUUAAUCGCACAUUUUUUACGGCGUUUCAAGAAUAAACAAAUUUGCCAUAAUUUUGGCAUCUAAAAUCAGGCUUUAUUUGUGAAAAGAUUCGUUUUAAACUUACAUUUGAGAUGUAAACUCAAUGGCAAAUGAUCAAGUUUUCAACUAUCAGUUACCUAAUCUAAACAUUGAGAUUAAUGUGACUCACAAAAACAAUUUGCAAGAUAAACUUUAAAAUAACUUAACUAAAUGCUGCAUACCAAGUACUGCAUCAUUACCAGUUUAACAUAAAUCUUUUAUGUAUUGGUACAUAAAAUUACAAACUAGUUAAAUAUUGAUAAAGUGUAUGGUUUAAGUGGUGUUUAAGUGGUUUAAAUUCUUAUAAAUCAUAUGAGGGAAUCCUACCUUUAGACUAAAAAUGCCCGACUUCUAUGAACUCUUGAAUGUGUCAUCCACGGCCAGUUUCGAGGAGAUCAAAGGCAGCUACAAACAAUUGAUACUACAAUGUCAUCCCGACAAAUUGCGGCAACUCGAUGACCCAAAUCCGGGAUCGGAGCUCCAGAACAGCGAUUUCAAUGCAAUAAACGCGGCGUGGAACACGCUGAAAGAUCCCAUUAGGCGCAAGUACUACGACGCCGAACUGCUGCAGUCGAAAUUCCGAGCCCAUAGCAACAUAUACGCCACUGUCGUGCUGGAUGAAAUGCAGCGGAUCCAAGUGGAAAUCGAAGAAGACGACGAGGCACCGGCACCUCCAUCACCACCUCCACCUCCCUCACGAGCAUCUGAUUCGGAAUACGAUGCAAACAAAAGACCGGCGACAAUGUGGAGCUACGCGUACGACUGCCGAUGCGGCGGACAGUAUCUGUUCGAUGGACCCGCAGACGAUGAUGAGUCACCCGAAGUGAUUGUGGAGUGCAACGAGUGCUCUUUAGUGAUUAUUGUGAAACAAGCCGCAAGUUGUAAAUAAAGAAAAGCGGAGGGGGAAAUAAUGGAACUGCUACCCAGCACAAUGCUUCUGCUUUAAACUAUUCGAUUAAGAGCUCUUUGAAAACGAAGUUUAUACUCUAUACCGUUUACUGGGUUCUUGAACCCCGGGCUCCCUUUUCAUAUGCAAAGCAUGUUGUCAUCGACAUCGACGUUGUGCAUUUCGACCCUGCCCCUUUCUUUGUCGCCUGUUGUGCUCAAAAGUGAUGUAAUCAAUUGGUGGUACAUUACUUUGAUUUGGGUUCCCACUCCCGCGACUUAUUCAUUAUUUAUAUCAAUUUAUUAAAUAGUAUUUAACUAUAUCCCAUUUAACGAAUCGUAGCUCCAUCGACUUCCAUUGGAUUCAAUGGGGUAUUAAGUUCUUUAAACGUAAUUGUAUUUACUCGAGUUUGCCCAUUUUUCGCUUUUUGUGAAGAUUCAAUAACCCUGCCUGAUCGCAGCAACGUCGACGAUGAUGUCAGCACUGCAAAGGCCCAAAAAAGCUUAAAAAUACUUAUAAAUAACUGUGUAGAGAGCAUACGAAAAAGCAGAGUGCCCGCGUCGGGAAUCCAUUUAUUUAUGAUUAUUGCAAAGUAAUUUGCAGUAGAUGGGCAAAUACGCACACCCAGUCCGUCGGAGAUUUUUUGUUGUGAUUGGUUUUUAUCAAUGCCCCUUGGAAAAUCUCUGGCCACCGGAUAAAUACAUCACUCGAUCUCGAUGGUUAAUUAACGAUUGUCUAGCUUUCGAUUUCUAAACGUGCACAUGACUGUCUAUAGUGAGUGUGUCCAUAUGCUAGUCUGCGCAUAAGAGUGCUAUUAACAUAAAGCGGCAGACGGGCUUAAUAAACACUUGAUUUCCAGCCCCAGUUCGAGUUCGGUUUAUAUGAGAAAACAACAGGCGGUGGAAAACGUGCGUACCUUUCGAAUAUGAACUGUUACAUUUGUAUAUUACACUGCAGGAAAUACCUGACACCUGUCUUGGAAAAUGUUUGUUUUCUAAUAAGGUGCAAAUAAUAACGAGUGCUUAAAUGAAGCUAUUUUUUUGCUGCCUUAGGAUGACUAAAAAGAAAGUAUUUAAAUCUAAAUGCAUGGCCAUUGUAUAACCUUUUUUUUUUGGUGCAGCUAUCUCGGUUAUCUCUCACUUUAAUAGGCUUUUGACACAGAAAAUUGAAACGCUUUAGCGCAUUUGGCCCUCAUUCAUUUCGUCAUUCCGUCAAUUAUUCCUGCGUAGUUGCCUUAGUGGCAAGUUGUUCGCACACUGAGGAAAAAAGAAGUGGAAUACACAUUAUGGAAUAUAAAGUAAUAGAAGCAUCAUUUGAGAUUUUCUAAUAAAUUUACUUGCAGUUAAGAUUAUACAUAAGUAACAUUAAGUUAUUUUUCAAGUACCAAAAAGUACAUUUACAAUGAUGAAAUAUUAAACAUUUGUUUGGGUUAGGGUAACAUUUAAAUAUUUAAUUUUUUGUUAGAUAGAGCAAAUCACUUAGAUUACAUUUACCCAAAUUCUUUUAUGUAUUUUUUUUUUGGGGGAAUUGUCUAUAAAUUUAAUUCGAUUUAGAGUUCAAGUUCGGGCUGAUUUCUUACAGUGCGCCACUUUUGUUGUGUGACACGCGUCGCGAUUUGAGAUAAUAACGUUAGUAACGUUCGCUCUCGGAAAGUGCAGAUAUGUUGGCUACAAUAAGCCGGACCGAGCUCCAUCUCCAUCUCCAGCUCCAUCCACUGCCCCAAGUCAGACGACCAUUGGCAUAUUCCAACUCCACAUCGCUGCCCUGCCGCCUGGCACUUUCAUUUCGGUUUCACUCGGCAUUAAGGCAUUAAAGACGCUUGAGCAGCUUUAAUUGCCCAGUGGCCAGAAGAAAGACUAAAGACGAAAGACCGAAGACGAAAGACUGCGCAACACGCGUAGAAAGCCCAAGAAGUUUGCCUGUCAUAGCCACUAACCAUCUUUGUGAUCUAAUGGCAGCUUAAAUUGGAACUCCGUUAGAAGGAAAGCGAUGAAGGGGCAUUAUGUAGUUAUGUACUUUCAAUAGUGCUGAAUUAGUUCAGUUGUUAUUUACACAAAUAUGUAAAUUCUAAACUAUUUAGUUUAGUUAUUGAAACAAUACAGGUCAACACAUAUCCUGCUAGAAUUUAAACAUAAACCAAUUUCAAAUCGCUUUCCUGAAUGUGAAAUGUAAUAAUAAAUCUGAUUGCCAUCGUUUAAAUUUGA